CACACCCUCUCCCAACAUCCGCCAUUACCAAACCUUCUUCCAACAAAAGCUCAAAGAAAUUCAUCAAUUCUUUCUCAAAUUCAUCAAAUUAAUUCUCCAUCUCCGAGAAAAAAUGGGUUUCUCCAUAAGCGGCCACCCACAAUCAUCAACCUCAAUGAGCCGUUCCCAUUACCACACCCACAAGCUCUUCCUCUACACCAAUUACAUCCUCCUCGGCGCCGCCUCCAGCUGCAUUUUCCUCACUCUUUCCCUCCGCCUCCUCCCCUCUCUCUGCGGCCUCUCCCUCAUCUUCCUCCACAUCCUCACCAUCGCCGCCGCCGUCUCCGGCUGCGCCAUGGCCUCCACCGCCUCAGGCCGUUGGUUCGGCAUCCACAUGGUGUUCACCGUCCUCACCGCCAUCUUCCAAGGCUCUGUUGCUGUCCUGGUGUACACCAGAACAGGGGACUUUCUGGGGGAGUUGAAAUCGUACGUGAGGGAGGAGGAUGGAGCCGUGAUCUUGAAAUUGGCCGGAGGGUUGAGUGUAACCAUGUUUGUUUUGGAGUGGGUUGUUCUUACAUUGGCGUUUUUCUUGAAGUAUUAUGCGUUUGUUGAAGGCGGUGGUGGGAGUGGGAAUGGGGCGGCGGCGAUGAGGAGCGCUAAGGUUGAACAGGACGAGGAUUUGAAGGACUGGCCUUGGCCGUUUCAAGUUUGAUGUGAUGGAAUGGAUUCAUUUCUGAUUCCACUUUGUUUGGAUUUCAUUAAUUUUUUGUGAAAUAUGUUCAACUUGUUUCUUAAAAUUAGAUCUGUAAUCUUCAAUUUAUUGUUUAAUGCCAUUCUUUCUUAUGU